CAAAAGUCUUUGUUAGAUGGGCGUGGCGAAUGGAAGUCGAGUACGGAUGGUGUGUAUUAUUUAGAACAAUAUUGACCUCUGAACUUUAGUAAAAAAGAAAGAAAUCUGAAAGAAACACACAGGUUUACAAGUGAGCUAGGGAUGGCAGCUCCAUUCAAGAGAGAGAUGCAGGUGACAUCUGAAGAAAUGUCCGAAGCCCAGGUGCCGCUCAACCUGAGAGACUACUGUGCACACUACUUCAUCCCUCUAAUGAAGUGCCGUAAAGAAAACUACUAUCUGCCGUGGAAGUGCAAGAAAGAGAAGCACUCGUGGGAGGAGUGUCAGUUCCAGGACUAUCUUGACAGAGUUAGACAAAAGAGAAGUCAACAAAAGUCAGACAAAGCUUGACACCCACUCACCAUUCUCUUGUUAUUUUGUAGAACUGUGACUGUUAUAAUGUAUCACCUGUUCAUAGUUGUGGCACUAAGAUAAUUAUUUAAUGUGAUAUAAUUAUGAAUUUGUUUCAAAUGCAAAAAUCGUGGAUUGAA